AUAAGACUCAUUUUCUGAGUUGUGGUAAAGGGAAAAACCACGCUGCUUUCCUUUUUAGGAUUAGCUAGGUUGGUAACUAGCAACUAGGUGCCAUGCUAGCUAGUUAGCCAUUAGCAUGCUAAUGCCAGAUUUGUUAACCGCUAGCUAAUGUUAAAGUGAGUGCUGGGGGAUGGGUCGGCCGCUGUUUUAUGAUUACAGUCUGUGGUUUAAUCCUACACAUGUGUCAUUUGAUAAGAACACCGUGUUAGUUUUGACUCGACUCCCACUAUAGAAAGUCAGAUAUAUCCCUUUAUUUUAGCCUGUUAGCAAGCGUGCCGCAAACGUUGGCUCUUUGGCUAAAGUUAGUUGGGCUAGCGGCUGCUCUCCGGUUGAAUUUUUAACCCCCCAUCUAUUACAGCUCCUUAAGUUUAACCGAGCUUAGCCUUUACGUUUCCCGAGCAGUGCCACAGUGUGUCAUUGAAAAUGUCUUAUCUUUUUAUAUUGUAGCUUUAUUCUUUUUAUUCGCAAUCAAUGGCAAAGUGGCAGCUCAGAUACCAAACCAAUUCUUCCUUCUCUUCCUUAGUCAUUGUUUUCAAGUCCGUCUCGGCCCGUAGGGAUAUUUUCCUUCUCUUUGGGGAUUGUCACAUGAAUAGCAAUUGUGUGACCAGGGACUGACUUGGUUACUAUCAUGUGGACCAAUUUAUCAUGGGCUCUAGUCACAGUUGUUGUAGUGUUUCCAACGCUCUCUUUCUAGACUGUUGAAUAUUUACAUGGCCCAGUGUGCAACAUUUGUUAUAAGUGAAUUAAACUUGGUGCGACUUUGGUUGCUUAAAGUGAUUCAUUGUAGCAGGUUGACGCUAUAACGUUCAGGCAACCAUCAGGCCUCAUUUUAAGACCGCUAAUACACAAGCACCUUGCAACUUGGAGUAGUUUUUAGAUUUCUGAACUGAUUUGACUUUUCACUUCUUGUUUUUGGAAAGGUCCCACCAUGCAACGUGCGUAUCUCCUACUGAUACCCGCGCUGCUGCUCCUCCUGGCCCUUCCCGUCUCCAGGGGACGCUACAAUGAUGACUUUGAUGAUGGCGAGGACCUAGCAGACUUUGAUGACAAUGACUUUGCUGAGUUUGAGGACAUGAACGACGAUCCAGCAGCGGAGGCAGAAACUGCCCCUCCUCCUCGCGCCUCACCGUCCUCGCAGCCUGAAGAGGAUGAAGAUGAGGAUGAAGCCACUGUGGAGCUGGAAGAUGGCCUGGAUGGUUUUGAGGAUUCAGAGACACAGGAUCAAGACAUGUACAGCAAAUAUGACCAGGAGGAGUUUGAAGGGAUUGGGGACAUGGAAAAGACAGGCCACUCCAUGAAGGACCCCCUCAUAAUCCACACUGUACCUGCACAUCUGCAGAACAGCUGGGAGAGUUACUACAUGGAGAUCCUGAUGGUCACCGGCCUGUUGGCCUACAUCAUGAACUACAUCAUUGGCAAGAACAAAAACAGUCGCCUUGCUCAGGCCUGGUUCAACUCACACAGGGAGCUUCUUGAGAGCAACUUUGCACUAGUGGGUGAUGACGGCACCAGUAAAGAAGCAGUGAGCACUGGGAAGCUGAAUCAGGAAAAUGAACACAUCUACAACCUGUGGUGCUCUGGACGUUUGUGCUGUGAAGGCAUGCUGAUCCAACUCAAGUUUGUAAAGAGGCAGGACCUGCUCAAUGUUCUGGCCAGGAUGAUGAGGCCUGCCUGUGAUCAAGUGCAAAUCAAAGUGACUCUUAAUGAAGAGGACAUGGACACUUUUGUGUUUGCUCUUGGCACCAAGAAGGUGAUGGCCAGGCAUCAGAAGGAGAUGCAGGACUUGAGUGAGUUCUGCGGUGACAAGCCUAAGUCUGGGGCCAAGUAUGGGCUCCCAGACUCCCUGGCUAUUCUAAGUGAGAUGGGCGAGGUCACAGAUGGGAUGAUGGACAGCAAGAUGGUUCAUUAUAUCACCAACCAUGCUGAGAAGAUCGAGUCCAUCCAUUUCUCGGACCAAUUUUCUGGUCCAAAAGUUAUGCAAGAGGAGGGUCAGCCCUUAAAGCUGCCUGACACCAAGAAGACGCUGUUGUUUACAUUUAUUGUGCCUGGCAUGGGCAACACCUCUCCCAAAGACAUGGAUGCUCUACUCCCUCUCAUGAACAUGGUGAUCUACAGCAUCGAUAAAGUCAAGAAGCUCCGUCUCAACAGAGAGGGCAAACUGAAAGCUGACAGAAACCGGGCCCGUGUGGAGGAGAACUUCCUGAAGCAGACUCACGCUCAGCGCCAGGAGGCAGCCCAGACACGUCGGGAGGAGAAGAAGAGAGCCGAGAAGGAGAGGAUCAUGAAUGAGGAGGACCCUGAGAGACAACGCCGUCUGGAGGAAGCAUCCCAGCGACGUGAGCAGAAGAAGAUUGAGAAGAAGCAGAUGAAGAUGAAGCAGAUCAAAGUGAAAGCCAUGUGAAAGACC